AUGGUGUCCGAAUCUGAAACUGUGUCAGCUUCCACAAGCUUGAAGGGUUUACCUCAUGGUAUUAUUGAAGCUAAAUCAGACUUGGAAUUAAAACCUUCAUGGUCAACAAGUAGUUCAAAGUCAGAGUUUCUUCAAGAAAAUUUUACAAUUGUGUUGUUCCAUUAUGAUGGAAUGUUGGAUGGUUGGCAAGAUCUUGAGUGGAGCAAUAAUGCCAUACACGUUGUAGCUCAAAACCAAACAAAAUGGUGGUUUGCAAAUCGAUUUCUGCAUCCAGCUGUAGUGUCUAUUUAUGAUUAUAUAUUUCUUUGGGAUGAAGACCUGGGUGUGCAACAUUUUAAUCUCAGAAGAUAUAACAUAUUUGCUGAUGUGUAUGCAAUAAUGGAGAUACAGACAACUGAAACUUUAGAGAAUUCAACCUCACUUCUUGUUACAAGCAGAAAGACAACUGAGACUUUGGAACAACUAACACCACCUGUGAUUUCCCACGCACAGACAAUUGAAACAUCUGAGCCGCCACUACCACCGCCUCUGGUGACAAACAUGCUGGAAAGCUUAUGA